GACAGCUAUUGAAAGGACCAUAAUAAUCAACAUGGCCACCCGGUCGAAGUCUGUCCUGUUCGUGUGCUUGGGGAACAUCUGCAGGUCCCCCAUCGCAGAAGCCGUCUUCAGAAAGCUCGCCACUGACAAAGGCGUAGUCGAUAACUGGCUCAUUGACAGCAGCGCGACCUCAGACUUUAACACGGGCAGCCGACCUGACUCUCGUGGCCUGGCCUGCCUGCAAAAGCAUGGCAUUGAGACGGGCCACCGGGCACAGCAGGUGACUGCGGAGGAUUUCCAGUCGUAUGACUUCAUCUUGUGCAUGGAUGAGAGCAACCUCAGUGACCUGAACAGGAAGGCAGGCAAGGUGAAGAACACUAAGGCCAAGGUUGAGCUCCUUGGCUCCUACGACCCGGAGAAACAGCUCAUCAUUAAAGAUCCCUACUACGGAUGCGAUGAGGACUUCGAGAAGGUGUAUGUGCAGUGCGUACGCUGUUGCACGGCCUUCCUAGAGGCCAACUCCUGACCACCUCCAUGGACCGAGUGAGCGAGCGCGUUGGCAGGGGACGAUGGACAUCGACGGACUGCUGGAGAGGAGCCAUGUGGUGGGUUGGGUUGGGUGGGGUAGGGUGGCAUCACAGGGACAGGUGUUCCCCAUCACACCCCACCCCACCCCACCGCAUAUCCCUAUUGAGGCUAUGAGGCCUUUCAUGGCCUUGUGUAGCUCAGAAUCAUGUCUUAACCGUUCAGUAAACAAGUAUGCGUGCAAUGUCAUUAGAGAUGCUCAUUUGGAGUACCUGUAAAGGCCUGUCCAUACACCCCCUAGUUUCCUGUAACGUGGAAAUGUUAAAUAAAUAUUCGAUAGCUGAAAUCUAAUAAGGCGUAUUGUUUUGUCUUUGCACGCACACUUGUCUCGUACACGCGUAAGAGGCUCUCCCUGUAGCCUCACAUGGACCAUGCAACGGUUUCUGUCCAAAUAUUCGGAUGGCUCAUACCUUCCAAAACCACCUGCUUCUCUGCGUAUAUUCAGCUGUGGAAUUUGUGUAAGUAAAAAGAGACGAAAUGAG